AUGGCCGCUGAAUGGCAAGCAAAUCACACCCAAUGUGGGAGGGUUAACAAGUUAGGAACCAGUUUCCGUAUUCUAGGCGGAGAGCCAGCACCAGAGAAUGCCUGGCCUUGGCAGGUAGCUAUGUUCCAAAAGGGCGUGUUUAUCUGUGGAGGUUCUUUGAUUGACCCGUUGUGGGUCCUUACUGCUGCGCAUUGCAUCGAACCUACUAAUCUCUGUACGCCAGGAGUAUACAGUUUAAGAGUCGGCUCGGUCAACAUUACUGGUACUAAUGAUGUAACGCAAGAACAAAACGUACAAAGAAUCAUCGUUCACCCAAACUAUGAUUACAGAGAUAACAAAAACCACGACAACGACCUCGCUUUGUUAAAAGUGGAAGUACCUUUCACCAUCCGAGACGAUUAUAAAGUGAACACGGUUUGUCUUCCGACUAUUAACAUGACUAACUUGACUAAAGACAUGGAUGAUUGGGUUACCAUAGGAGAUAAUGUAACAAUCACUGGAUGGGGAAAACGGAAAAAUGACGUGUUUGGCCACUCUGACACUCUUUAUGAGGCAAUCGUUCCUAUAUAUAACUGGACGAAGUGCACUCAGUCCACGAAAUUAAACACAAGAGGCUUCGUCACCGAGAAUAUGAUCUGUGCUGGCUAUGAUGAUGGUAAAGCUGAUUCUUGUCAGGGCGACAGUGGUGGUCCCAUGGUAUAUCUCUCCGAUCAUAAGUAUAAUGAUUCUGCAGACCAGUAUUUUCAGAUUGGUGUGGUGAGUUGGGGUUAUAAGUGUGGCAAACGUGAAGCACCCGGUGUUUAUACCAGGCUGACACGUUACGAAGAUUGGAUCCGGUCGUUCGUUACCACACCAACGCAAAUUUCAUAUGUACCGUGCGCUUGUGAUAUGCACACCCAAGCCUUAUCUCAGUUGUCUAUUAACAUCAUAUCAGCGGUAUCUUCAUUGCUCGGCGUUUCAAUCAUCCUCAACAUAGCUUGUUUAGUAUAUGCAGCAGUAACUAGAAUGAAGAGGAACAGAGGCCGCGGGACGGGGGGGACGUGA